AUGUAUGUGAAAUGGUUUGAUACAGUAAUGUUUUACUAUGUGAUUUUAGUGUAUUUAGUGAAUGUCCCUUUUUCACAUUUUUAAAUUUCCCGCCAGUUCCGUCCCCCGUACGUCCUGACGUCGCAGGGAAUGGAACCCGGAAGACAGAUGCCGGCAUCUGCCGGAGGACAUUACAAGGGACACUACAGGAGGGACAUUGCGGGAGCGCAGGACAAGGUAAGUGAAGAAGAGAUCCCGGAGCAGCGCUGCAAGGUAUUCCGGAGUGUAGCUCGGGGUUACCGCUUGUGGUGCUGAAACUUUACCCCGAGCUACACUCGGGAAUACCGCCAGGGGGGUUAAACACACAUUACAGUGAAUGUG